UUCUACAUGCCGAUUUCGUGGAUCGGUUUCCGUAUAAUCGAGUAUUAUUUAGCCGAAUAUGAAUCUUUUUCUCCCUAUAAAUAGUGCUGCUCCGCAGAACUAUUCAAAUAGAGUGAUCUAGCUUCCUCACUGGGUCUUCUUCUCCAUAGAUCCCCACUUAUUUUGCUCUCUCUAUACCUUCUCUACUUAUACACACAAAUGGAUGGCAAGAAAUUGGAGUACAAAGGAGAGGCUGCACUAAAAGAGAUAGAGAGGCUCACAUCUGAGGCCGACAUUGUCCAGCAAAACCUUCUGCAGGAGAUCUUAGGGCAAAACCAGAGAACCGAGUACUUGAGCAGGUUCUCGAGAGGGUCGGCAAUGGACACUUGCGAGUUCAAGAACUCGGUCCCUGUGAUCACUUACAAGGCCAUCCAACCUUACAUCAGAAGAAUUGCUCAUGGUGAAGAUUCCUCUCUAAUCACUGGAAAACCCAUCACUGAAAUGUUAUGCAGCUCAGGGACUUCUGCUGGAGAGCCCAAGAUGAUGCCAUCGAUCGAGGAGGACAUUGACCGAAGGACCUUUCUUUAUAAUCUCAUCAUGCCAAUUAUGAACCGGUAUCUCGCGGGGCUCGACGAGGGCAAGGCCAUGUACUUGUGCUUCGUCAAGGCGGAGAGGUCCACCCCGUGCGGCCUGCCCGCCCGGACCGUGCUCACGAGCUACUACAAGAGCAACCACUUCAAGCACCGGGCUGCCGACGCGUACCACGACUUCACGAGCCCAUAUGCAGCCAUCCUGUGUGACGAUGGCGACCAGAGCAUGUACUGUCAGCUCCUGUCGGGUCUCGUGCAUCGGUGCCAGGUCCUACGGCUCGGCGCGGUCUUUGCUUCAGCGUUCCUUCGUGCCGUAUCGUUCCUCGAGCGCAAUUGGGGCCGCAUGUGCGACCACAUAGCCGCUGGCCAUCUAGACCCCUUCAUCACCGACCCUGAGUGCCGAUCCUCCAUGUCAAGCAUGCUGCCGUCGCCGAACCCUACCCUCGCAGCCGAGAUUCGGGAAAUCUGCAGCUGUCCAACGUGGAAGGGGAUAUUGUGCCGGCUUUGGCCAAGGGCAAAGUACAUUGAGGCCGUCGUGACGGGUUCGAUGGCGCAAUACAUACCGGCCCUCAAGUACUACAGCGAGGGGAAGCUGCCGUUGGUGUGCACGAUGUACGCCUCGUCGGAAUGCUACUUCGGGGUCAACUUGAGGCCGCUGUGCGACCCGCACGACGUCGUGUUCACGCUACUGCCCAACAUGGGCUACUUCGAGUUCAUACCCUUGGGGGGGAAUGGGACGCUGGUGAUGGACAUUGACGAGGACGAGGAGGUGUCCGGUCGCAAGCUGGUGGACUUGGUUAAUGUCCGGGUCGGGUGCUAUUAUGAGCUCGUGGUCACCACAUUUGCUGGGCUCUACCGGUAUCGAAUCGGGGAUGUGCUCCAGGUGACCGGCUUCCACAACCGCGCCCCGCAAUUCCGAUUCAUUUGCCGGAGGAACGUCGUCCUCAGCAUCGACAACGACAAGACGAACGAGGAAGACCUCCACAAGAGCAUCACGGCGGCCAAAAAACUGCUAGAGCCUCACGACGCCCUCCUCGUGGAAUACACGAGUCGCGUGGACCCUUCAUCCGUCCCGGGGCACUAUGUCCUCUACUGGGAAAUCAAGCAUCACCGCAGAUCGCCGUCGUCGGCUUCGUCAGAUGAUUCAGCGGCGAACAAGCCAUCCCUCGACCAUCGCGUGCUCGAGGAAUGCUGCAUCGUCGUGGAAGAAGAGCUGGACUACGUCUACAGGCGGUGUCGCUCCAACGACAGAUCGGUCGGGCCGCUCGAGAUCAGGGUCGUGAGUCCCGGGACGUUCGAAUUAUUGAUGGACUUCUUCAUAAGCCAAGGAGGGUCCAUUAAUCAGUACAAGACUCCUAGGUGCAUAAAGUCCAGCGCUGCCCUGGAAUUGCUUGAUGGUAAGGUGGAGGCCUCUUUCUUCAGCCCUAGAGAUCCAACAUGGAGACCUUGAAAUUGAGUUGGAACUUGAGAGCACGCGACCUUAAUGAUGCAAUUAGUCCAAAUGCUCUCAAUGCAUCAAUAAUUCAACAUUCAUGAAGUAAUGUAGGACCUCAAUGCUCUCGUGCUGAUGUCAAAAUGGACCAUCCUGACGUCAAAGUGGAGCUAAUUAAGUUUACUUGCUUUGCCAUUGGAAAUUAUCAUUUUCUC